AUGUCUCUCGCAAGCCUACCCCCGGAACUACUGCAAAUGGUCGCACGCGCUAUUACAGAUACCCGUCAAGGUAGAUCGCAACCAUCCCAAACACUGAAAACUAUCUAUGCACUAUCACGCACUUGUCGCGCAACUUACCUUCAUUUAUGCUGGAAUCUAUAUCGCUAUGAUGCCGACAGAGGUCAUAGCACCGCGCUUGUCUGGGCUGCCGUGACGAAUAACCCUCAGACAGUGAGAUUAUCUCUUGCCAGCGGUGGCAACACUCGAGCUACGAAUCAGCAUGGUCAGUCUUCACUAUGGCUAGCAGCUCGUCGAGGGCAUCGAGAGAUAGUGGAGAUUCUGCUCGACCACGGUGCUGAUAUCGAGAUCAGGAACCCGGUUGGCCUUACGCCCCUUGCGAUCGCUGCUCGAGAGGGCCAGUGCGAGGUUAUGAAGGUAUUGCUCGAUCGAGGGGCAAAUCACGCAGCUCAGGCCCGAGACCACUCCACACCCCUUCUCUGGGCAAUCAGAAAUGGCGCGGUAGAUGCUGUGAAGAUGCUUAUCGAACACGGAGCGCAAUUUCCAGAGCCAAAAACCACACACCGGCGACGAUGGGCUCUGGCUGCAUACCGCGCCGGGCCUGAUAGGUGGGCUGAUAUUCCCGAGAUUGAAACACUGAUGGAAUCAAGCUACGAUGGAAAUCAAAACAAGUUGCUGUCACAGAAACCCCUGCUGAACGCUCUCCGCUUCCAACAUCUCGCCAUGUCCACUUUCUUCCUUGACCAGUGCAUCACCCCAGUUAGUGAUCUUGCCUCAUUCUUUGGUUACUCCCCUGCCGACGAACCGGUACAUGACAAAACCAGACACGGGAGAGAGCAGGUGGAUUUUACGCGCGAGAAGGCAAGGGAACAAUGGCAUUAUUUUGGACGCCCAGAUGAUAACCCCAUGUGGUGGGCUGUGCAACACGGUGAAGAGGAGAUUGUGGAAAAAUUACUGAGACGAGGAGCAGGGACUAAUUCUCUCAGGCACUGGUCACCCUCCAUAGGGCAAGAGCCAAGAAACCUGAUCGCACUUGCUAUAGUCCGAGGAUAUUAUGGAAUUGCUGAACGCCUUUUGGACUACGGGACAGAUCCCAGCUACCAAUUCCACGAUGGUCCUUUGCUCAGAAGAGUUCUCGAAAUUGGGAAUGAACGGUUGGUGAUGAAAGUUUUAUUAAGCUUGAAGAGACAUGGUGCCCAUAAUAUCGCUAACUACGGAGGCUAUGUGGCCAUUGCGAUUGGGAAGAAAAACGCGAUGUUGGUGAAAAUGCUGCUUGAGUUUGGCGCAGAUCCAAAUAGCAAGGUCUUCUAUCACAGAGGAACCGAAAGUGGCAGCAGGCACAAGGCGCUGUUGUCCUUGGCUAUAGAAAUUGGAAACCAGGAUGUGGUGGACACGUUACUUGAGUAUGGAGCUGGAUAA